AUGCCAAAACGAAAGCGCUCAGACUACGAACGUCCUCUCCCCGAAGACUCAUACGAUAAUACCACUACCACAGACCCAUCAGCCGAAGAAUCCACCCGUUCGAUAGCAAUCCAACAAUCCACCAUCUCCCAAAAGAUCCACCACUCACGUACCCUCCUCAAACGCGCCUUAAAAACCGCAAAGGGAUUCGAACAGCAAAAGCUAGGGAAACGGAUAAAAGCCGCUCGGAAGGGGAAAGAUCAAAAGAAUGGUAAUAAGAAUAAGAAUAAGAAUAGUAAGAAAGAUGGGAAAGAAGGGAGGAAAGAAGAAGAUGAAGUAGAAAGACUGGAAAAGGAAAUCGAAGCUUUGAAGCACAUCGAUCUGGCGGAAUUGGCAACAAGGCAUUUGAAUAAACUUUUGGUGAAAAAUAGGCCGUUGUCGAAUUCUCGUUAUUUCCCACCGGAGAUUGCGAAGGAAGUCGAGGAACAGGCUAAAACUCCCGUACCGACUGGUCCUGUGGCGAACGUAUGCGCCAGAAUGUUGAAUGCGAAUCCGGUCAAGGAGAGUGUAAAGGAGAUCGUUGGGAAUCUAAGCAGGUUAUUGGGUAUCGAAGGAGGGAACGAGGAUAGUGGUAAACCGACAAAGGAAUCAGAGAAGGUGGAAAAGAAAGUUAAGGAAUCGAAAGCUGUUAUACACGGGGCCGACAAGGAACUCGAAGACGAAGAAGAUGAUGAUUCGGAAGAAGAUGAUUCUGAAUCAAGUUCAAAAGACAACUCGGAAGACGCAGUAAUACAUCCUUCUAUGCUCAAAAGCUUAGCUGCAAAAUAUCUUCGCAACAGUGGUGCGGUAUCGAGCGAUGAAUCCGAAUCCGAAGACGAAGACGAUGGCAGGAUAGCAUGGUCCUCUGAAGACGAUGGCGAAGGCGAAGAUGAAGAAGAUAUCUCAGAAUCCGAAGACGACAGACCUCGCGGGCGUUCAAUGUCUAUCACACCAAUCCCUGAAGACGAACUUCGUAAGAUAGAAGCAUUAGAAGACGAAGCUUUGGAUAUAGAUUUAUCCGACGAAGAAGAGGAAGGGGAGGAAGGAAGCAACUCCGACGUCUCUUCUCCACCACCUAAGAAAUCCGAAAAAUCAAAACCCAAGAAACAGGCUGCACCAGCACUCGCUCCAGCUCCAACAGGACCUAUCAAAUCAUCCUCCUUCCUUCCAACUCUCAUGACAGGUUAUAUUUCUGGCUCCGACUCCGACGCAGCUUCAGACAUAUCCGCCGAGAACAAAUCAAGGAAAUCAAAGAAAAAGGGACCUCCGGAAAAGAAAAUCCGCAAGAACAGAAUGGGCCAGCAAGCUCGCCGCGCCCUUGCUGAGAAAAUGUACGGCACGGGAGCAAACCAUGUUAAAAAGGCAAAGGAGGAGAAAGAAGCGAAAGUGAAAGCGAAAGAGGAUAGGAAGAAAGCAUGGGAGGAGAAACAAACGAAAGCUGUCCAUGUCAGUUGGCAGCUCAAGAAGAAGGAGAAGGAUGAGAAGGAUAGGAUUGUUAAGGAUAUGAUGGCCGGCAAGGGAGCCGGGGCUGGAAAGAAGAUCGUUUUCGAUUAA